AUGCAGUCCCUCUCCCCCGAGUGCACCCCUCUCAAGCAUCGCUACGACACUUGCUUCAACCUCUGGUUCGAGGGCUAUCUCCAGCCAGCCCUCGACGGCCGUCCCGUCGCAUACCCCUCAGCCACAUCCUCCGCCCCCUCGACCCCUUCCUGUUCGUCAUCUGCUACCUCUGCAGUUGCACCUCCUCCUGCCGCCCAGGUGAACGCCGAAGAAGAGCGGAAGAGGAAGCCCUUGAUCACCUCAUGGGCUGCUUCCAUCGCUCGACGCUCUCCGAUUGCUCCCCGCCAGUCACAGCAUGCUCAUUUCGGGCAUCAUGGCCAGGCGGCCGACGGGGGCGAAGGAGCUGGCCUCGAGUCCCAAGACCAUCUUCAGGGUGGAUACGACGUGGAGGAGUUUGAGAUUGAUACGACUGGAAAGACGCGGGCGCAGAUCAAGGCAGAGGAAUAUGAGAGGGCGUGUGGCGCACUCUGGAAGAACUACCAAGGUUGUCUCCAGAAGUCUAUCAAAGAGAACGAAAGUCUUUCGGUGCUCCUCCAGCAAGCAAGAGAAGAACAUCCUCUCAAGAGCAUGGACAAGCUCGAGGGAACGGCUUGGGAUCCCAAGACAAAUCCUGCCGACGUCUUUGGAAAGGACUAG